ACUUCAAACAGUAAAGUUGUUGUGCUAAAAGUAUAAAUUUGUGGAACUUAAGCAAGAAAUAAGCAGAUUUUUUAGGAGUAGUUAGGUUGUUUUUUUUUCACACAAUUGGAAAACCAUUACCAUGUUUCCAAACACUCAUACUCUAACAUAAGCUAAUAAAAAAAAAGAUUGACACAGAGGUUAUCCAAAUGCUAAAAUGCUAUUCUUUUUUUCUCUUUUACAUCCACCGAGCUUCCCCGUUGUUUCACAUAGUUUUCCAGGUGAAGUAGUGGAGGGAAACUCGGUGACUUUGACUUGUAGCGCUGAUGCUAAUCCAGGAGCUACUUACACGUGGCACAAGGAGCACGAAGCCAAUCCUCUCAGCAAAGGCCCAAAACUUGUUUUCAAGUCUGUUCAGUCGUCUGAUUCUGGAAAAUAUUUCUGCACGGCUGAGAACGUUCUCAACAGGACGACUUCAGACGGCUUCUUGAUUGACGUGGAAUAUGCUCCAAAGCUUCCCUUGGUCUCGUUGAGUCCGUCUGGUGAGGUCAUGGAGGGCAUUUCACUGACGCUCACCUGCAUCAGUGAUUCAAACCCCGCCGCUAAUUACACCUGGUUCAAAGAAAAUGAGAAAACGCCACAAAGUUCAGGACAAAAUCUCACCAUCACAAAUAUUGGCCGACAGCAUAGUGGCCUUUACUACUGCGAAGCUCACAACAGCAGAGGGAGUCACAAAUCUGCCAUACAUCUUACUGUUGCUGCAAGGUACAGAAACAUGAUGUUCAAGAUAAUGAACAUCAUAAGGUUGGCUGUAGCUGCACUGCUGCUGCUGAUUCUUCUGUUUGCUUCUUCUCUUUGUACGAGGAAGAAGAAACCAACUGAAUCGAAGGAACAUGUCGAGAACAUAGAGCUGGACUUGUGUAAUGAAUAUGAGAACAUCUCGACCUUGAGAGCCUUUGUUGCAUCGCAGGAGGAGGAGAGAAGCAAACCAACCCAACGUGAAACCAAGUGAAGUUACGACUUUAUGGGUAGAUGGACAGGAAUGAGAUCUUAACCAAAACGAUGACAUCUGGUGGCAGAAAUAAACAUUUUCAAACAGUGGCUAUAUUUUUAUAUUUUAUGCCUUGUGUUGGCUACUUUGUAAACGUAGCUGGGUAAAGUCAAGUUACUAGUUUAAUAGUGGUGUACCUUCCAAUUACUCAAUACCUAAUUAUAUUUAGACAUUUUAAUUACUGUUUAACACAUUUAAAUGUCUGGUAACGGCUGAAGGGCAAACGGCCUGCGAUCUAGAGGCAAGUGAAGUAACACGGUGUGGUGCCGUCAAGCAAAUUGGACAAUGUGGAUUCAAUGCUUUCAAAAAGUAAUUUCAUUUUUGCGUUGUGAUGUUUCAUCCUCUACAUAAAAUGUUUUUCUCCUAAAUACAUUUCAUGUAGUACAUGGCCACCCAAUGUGAGUGCUGCAUAAGAACAAUGAAACAAAAUCUGUAAAUAAAUACAGAUUGUGACACUGUGGAGGUGAGACCACAUGUAGAAAUGUUCAGAUGUUUAUAGCAGGUGUCCUAACAAAAAUAUCCAUGUCGAUCCGUCCUGCCUGAAACAUGCAGACUGGAGUUACGUCAUUUUGAGAAUCAGCUGGUCCAGCUGUUCUUCCUGUAUAAGUUUCCUGUUUCUGUGUUUAAAGUGCCGUAUUUUACGGACUAUAGAGCGCACCUCACUAUA